AUGACGAAAUUAACGGAAAUUGUAUUGGAUGCCACAGAGCCAACAUUUAAUUUAUCUUUAAUAUUGGCCACGCUAUGGAUCAUUAAUAAUGAUUUUGCCAAAUACACAACAUCAGCAAUACCCAUUGGACAAUAUGCCAUAAAUCAAAGGAAUCGAUUAUACCACAAUGAUUUAAUUAAUGACAUCAUAAAACGUGCUAUGAUUACACCGCGUAUUAAACUCUACACCGAAGGUGAAGUGGAGGUGAAGAUAUUGGACAAGAAGGUGGAAAAUGACGAUAGGAAAGCUAAUAAUAAUCGUGAAAGAAGCAUAUGGUUUUUAGACAGCUUCACAUCAUACAGAAAUUUUGAACAAGAUUUGUUAGAUCCCAGUGGCAUUUAUAAUCGUAAUGGAUUUUUCCUGUUUGUCUAUACUGGCACCGAACAUGAACGUUUAAAUAAUAUCAAGGAAAUCUUUCAUCGUCUUUUCAACGUAUACUGCACCAAUGUCAAUGUUAUAUUGAUGGAUGGCAUAACUCCUUAUCUUUACACGUACUUUCCAUUUGCUAAAAAUAAAUGUCAUUCUUCGAUGCCUGAAAUUUAUAUAUCAUUUCGUGAUAUUCAAAAGAACUUCUCCGCGUUUGAGGUGAAAAAGAAAAUUUUUCCCAGUAAGGUGAAUAAUAUGCAUGGCUGUGAAUUGGCGGUGGCUACUUGGCAUUAUCCACCAUAUAUAUAUGUUGACAAAGAUCCCAAAAGUGGUGAAAUAACACGAUUGCAUGGUAUAGAGGGCUUACUACUCAAUUUAUUGGCUGAAAUUAUGAAUUUUAAAAUACGUAUUAAGGCUCCACAGCCGCUGGAUAGGGGUGAUGUGUAUGAAAAUGGUACGGCAACGGGAGCUAUGAAAAUGAUAAUUGAGGCCGAAGCGAAUAUAACAAUAAUAUCUCUAAUGUACAACAAGAUACGUUCAGAGGUAAUGCAACCCAGCAGUGGUUACUUAUUCAUACCUUAUGUCUUGGCAAUUCCCCAGGGCCAAAUGAUGUCAUCAUUUGAAAGGCUAGUGAAGCCAUUUCGUUACAUUAUCUGGUCUUGUUUUAGUUCAAGUAUAAUUUUUGGCAUUUUAUUCAUAUACUACAUACGAUUUUUGGGCAGAUCAAAAUUAAUGGAAUUCAUAUAUGGUCAAGGAAAUCGUUUACCAUUUACAAAUAUGCUCUCCGUACUAUUUGGCAUAGCAAUUCAAGGCAAUCUGCCAAUUAAAAAUUUUGCACGUUAUAUAUUGCUGGUGUUUUUAAUGUAUACAUUUGUACUAAGAUCCGCCUACUCCGGAGCAUUAUAUAUUCUUUUGCAAGAUGGCCGGGCCCGUAACUCAUACAAUAGUUUAGCUGAAAUUAUAGAUAACAAUUUUACUAUUUAUGCCUUUCCAGCGGUGGAAAAGGUUUUAAGAAUGUCUUUGCCCGGAGCAAAUACUGGAAUAGUGGAUGCAAAUACUCCAGCAAGCCUCCUGUAUAAACGUAUUUCCUCAUCGAGCAGUGAGAAACUGGCUUUAUGUUUGCUGGAAUAUUCGAUACUAUCAUACAAUCAAAUGCAUCCAAAUGAACGAGUGGAUGUUUUGGAUCAAGCUAUACUGACCGCUCCCAUUGUAUUUUAUAUGCCACGUGAUACAUAUCUAAGAUAUCGUACAGAUGAAUUGAUUUUACGUAUUUUACAGUCUGGCUUAAUAAGACGCUAUGAAUCAUAUUAUUUAUAUUCCUCCCGACAAACCCGAACCAACACAAAGGAACCUACAAAAUUAUCAUUUAAAGUGUUAUUUGCUCUAUUUUGCAUCUAUGCUUUUCCACCAUUUCGUUAA